GCAAGAUUUAUUUGACAAUUCACUAAUGGGCGCUAGGUUUUAUACGAGUAUUGAAUCCAAUAUACGGCCCGUAAAACACAAACUGAAGGCAUCGGCGCUUCAAUUCAUGUAUUCAAUGGAUAUAACAUCUGAUUGUUUGGACUCAUUGUUCACAUGGUUUGAAGCCCUAAAGCGAAAUGAGUUGUGGGCCUAUCAAAGAUUGUACGAUAUGAGUUUGCAAAUUUAUUUGGCCCAAUUGUACAACACUACA